GCGAAAUUGUUUUCCGCCACGGACUCAAGCGAGAGUAGAUCUUUGAAGCCAAAGCUGGACACGGAGAAUGAUCCACUCUGGGGCUGUGGUCUACUGGGACCUUUGCCGGGCAUCUCUGAAACUGGGGAGACCACGGCAGAGACCCAACGUUUCAUCGAUUCCUUGAAGAAGAGUAGCUCCUUCCAGAAAGUGUCCUUUUGGAACUGGAACUUGGCUCCAAUGGAAACUGCCCAAGGGCCUGAAUAUCUCAGCAAGGACUUUUUGUUCAUGCCUGAAAUAUGGGGGUCCGGUGUCGUGGAGAAGAAGUGGGUGCGAGAAGCUGGAGAGACAAAUUUCCUGGAUGGGAAUGGCACCUCACCUGUGUUUGGAAUUGAAUUGGAAUUGACUCUUGUGCACAGUGAUGCACAACGGCAGAAGCUUCUCCUUUCCUGA